AUGGUAAGGAUGUUCUCCGCCGCACGCUGCUUCUACGCAAGGCCCCUGCGCUCGGCCGCAGCGGCUUCUCAGAGGAGGUCAUUUUGUGCCUCCUCCCGCUCGCUCAGCUCAUACGAGCAUAUCAAGACCGAGACCAGAGGCCGGGUCGCAAUCGUCACUCUUAACCGUCCCAAGGCCCUCAAUGCUCUCUGCACCCCCCUGAUGGUCGAACUCAACGCUGCUCUGAAGGGAUUCGACCAGGACGCGAACAUCGGCGCCAUGGUUAUCACUGGGAGCGAAAAGAGUUUUGCUGCUGGUGCCGACAUCAAGGAAAUGACCACCUUAAAUUUUGUGGAUAACUUCAAGAAUAACUUCAUUGAGGACUGGAUCGGUGUGACCAAGAUUCGGAAACCGAUUAUUGCAGCUGUCAACGGAUUUGCUCUGGGCGGAGGAUGUGAGCUCGCCAUGAUGUGCGACAUCAUCUAUGCUGGCGACAAAGCGAAGUUUGGACAACCAGAAAUCAAGCUUGGUGUGAUCCCCGGCGCCGGAGGCACGCAGCGCUUUACCCAAGCGGUCGGCAAAGCCAAAGCCAUGCACAUGUGUCUCACUGGCGACAUGAUGUCCGCCGCUGAAGCCGAGUCCGCCGGCCUCGUCGCCAAAGUAUAUCCUGCUGAGCAGCUUUUGGAAUCCGCAAUCAAGAAUGCUGAGACGAUUGCCGGAUACUCGUUGCCGAGCGUGUUGGCCGCUGUAGAGUGUAUCGACUCUGCUUUCGAGGUUCCUUUGGCGCAAGGACUCCUGUUUGAGCGACGCAUGUUCCACGCCUUGUUUGCCACGAAAGACCAAAAGGAAGGAAUGGCAGCGUUCGCGGGCAAACGCAAGGCUAACUUCACACAUGAAUAA